AUGCAGCUUGACAUGUCCGAAACCUUUCACACCCCUAACGGGGAAAAAGGAUCUAAUAACAGGGAAGCAACCCUGGAUCUAGACUUUUUGGAUGCAGGAACCCCCAAAAAGAACAAUCAUGAAGGAGCCGAAGAGGGAAAAGUAGAGAAGAUGGUCAAGGAAUACCUCAAGGCAAUCAAGGCCAAAAUCGCAAAAAUUCCUGGAAUGCCGAAACCCAUGGAAGAAGAGGCAGCAGAUGGCUAUAUAGAAUCUCCCUUCUCAGAAGAGAUCACCAUGGUAGAGGUGCCGAAGAGGUUCAGCACACCCAACAUUACCAUGUAUGAUGGAACAACAGACCCUGAUGAGCAUGUGUCCCUCUACAAACAAAAAAUGAUGACAAGCUCAAUCCCUAGAGAUAUAAGGGAAGCUAUCAUGUGCAAAGGCUUUGGAGCCACGCUAUCAGGUCGAGCUCUAACUUGGUUCAUUAAUUUAGAUAAUGGGACAAUUCGAUCUUUUGCAGGAAUGGUGAACCUAUUCAAGAUCCAGUUUGCUAGCAGCAGAAAGAUCGAGAAGCAAUCUUCAGAUCUAUACCGUGUUGUGGAGAGACAUGGUGAAUCCUUGAGGGAUUAUCUUAACAGGUUCAACAGGGAAAAGAUUGGGAUACACAAGUGUGAUGCUCCUACAACAAUCAAAGCAUUCAGAAGAGGACUACUAGACCAUAGUGAGCUCUACAAGGAGUUGACCAAAUAUCCCUGUACAACCUUUGAAGAUGUGCACGCCAAAGCUAUGUCUCAAGUCAGAUUUGAGGAAGAUGCCUAUGCAAGAAAGACUCCCGAACCAGAUCGCCAGUCAAGAAGGAACAAUAAUUUUCCUAGAAGGGACCAUCGAUUCAAGCCGUAUCAGCGUUCCCGCUUUGAGGAGGGAUCAGUCAAUGCUGUCGAAGAAGAAUUUUCUAAUUGGAGGGAAGAUCCUGAACUCCCACCUAAGUUACAUGAGUAUUGCUUCAAUGUUAAUCCUGCAGGAGUAAUUAGGACCCUAAAUAAGAUGGGAGAUACUGUGCAAUGGACCUGGAAGAGUGACAGGCCUGGAGAAAAGAAAGAUCCAUCCAGAUGGUGUGAUUUCCAUUCAGAUAUCGGCCACACUACUGAUGAAUGGAAAGAAAGAGAAUCUAAGCAAGGAGGUCCUCCAAUUGUCAAAACCAUCUGUUUCAUAUCAGGAGGAUCAAAAGUAUGUGGUUUAACAUACUCAGCAGCAAAGCGGCAUGCAAAGGAGAGUAACAAGGAUCAACCUGACAAGAAGGAGAAAUCCAAGAUAGACAUUCCCAUCAUGUUUGAAGAAAGCGAUGUAGUAGAAGGCCAUCAUGACGACCUAGUGAUUUCACUCCCAGUUGGAAACUGCAUGAUCAAGAGAAUCCUAGUUGACAAUGGAAGCUCUGCAAACAUCAUCAUGCUUGACACUCUGAAACAUAUGAACAUAGACGAAAAGAACAUCGUUAACAAGUCUACAAUGUUAGUGGAGUUCAGUGGGGAAACCAAGAAGACAAGUGGAGAGAUUACAUUGGCCACAUACGCAAAAGGAAUCAACCUACAGGUCAAGUUCCUAGUGAUUGACACUCUGUCUUCGUACAAUAUGAUCUUAGGCAGACCCUGGAUACAUGAGAUGAAGGCCAUCCCCUCUACGUACCAUCAAGUCAUUAAGUUUCCUACCAGGUGGGGUAUCUAA